GCGAGCCCGCGGUCUACGUGGGCUCGCGGGGCCGGGGGGCUCGGGGCCCAGGCCCGACUGGGCGGCGCGAGCGUUGGCUUGGCGAGGCGGGCGGGGAUGGCGCAUCCUCUGCUGUCUGCCCGGCUGCUUCUCGUGGCGGCUGCGGCGGGACUCCUCGCUCCUAGUGGGGUGGUGGCUGAGCCAAGAGAGGAGGUGAGAGCCCGCUGUCCCGAGGGCCUGUGGCCUCUGCCCCCCAAGGUGUCACCGAGAGUGACUUACUCCCGGAGGAGGAGCUCGGGACGGGCUAAGGAGGACAUCAGCUUCCUCUACCACCCAUGUGCCCACCCCUGGCUGAAACUCCAGCUGGCCGCCUUGGCCCGUGCCUAUGUGGCACAGCCCGCCCUGGCCCCUGACUCCAGUCUCUCUCAGGAUCGGCCCCUGAUGCUGGCUGCCCGGGGAGUGGCACUGGAGUUGGCAUGGGUAGAGCCAGCCUGGGUUGCCCACUGGUUGAAGAGGUGGCGGUGGUGGAGGAAGCAGAGGAAAAAGGCCCGGCCCCACUCUGACAGCCUUUCUGUGCCCGCUCCCUUGGCAUCAACCCCAGGCAGAGGGAGGCUGUGCCAGAGAGGGUGUGUCCAGGCCCCGGCGCUGGCCUUUACUCUGAGAAGCUGGCGGCCUCCGGGCACAGCAGUGGCGCCUGCAGGGUCCAGAAAGCUCUUCCCCAGUGGAGUCAGGACCCGGAGGCUGCGGGCAGUUCUUGGUCUCCAAACGCCCCCUGCAGCCGCAAGGGUCCCUUCUGCUUCCACAUGGAGCUUCCACAAGCAGCCCAUGUUGGAAACACAGGGAGGAGAUGAUGCCCCCUUGGUGCCCACUGUCCCCCAGCUACCAGGGAGGCCUCAGGGCAAUGCCAGCACCCAGACAGAGACUCGAGGGCCCAAGGGGAAGGGCGGCCCAGGUGGCUGUGCCUGUCCACCUCAGGCCUCCCUGGCCCCCCGGGUGGCAGCACCUCCUCGGGUGGCCCCUGGCCCCACUCCACGCACGGAGGAGGCCGCCUGGGCCGCCAUGGCCCUGACCCUCCUGUUGGUGCUGCUCACGCUGGCAACGCUCUGCACAAGGCUGCACCGCAACUUCCGACGCGGAGAGAGCAUCUACUGGGGACCCACACUGGACAGCCAGGACACGGUGGCUGCUGUGCUGAAAAGACGUCUGCUGAUACCCCCGCGCCGGGUCAAACGCUCCCGCGGGAGACUCCUCCCACCCACGCCGGACAGCGGCCCGGAUGGGGACAGUUCCGACUGACCUGCUCUAGACCUGCCCUAGACCUGCCACAGUGGCAGGCUCAGCCCCUCCCGUCCUGGGGCCGCGACCUCUGCCACGUGGAGCACGCGCGGGGGCGCCCCCUGGUGGUCAGAUGCAGAAUUGCAAGUGCGUUUUUGGAAGUGGGAGGAACCCGCGGUUUCAGAAUCUUUGACCCAAACUCCCAGUAUUUUUAAUUAAAUUAUUUUGGUACA